UAAAGAAAAAAGAAAAUACACCUUAUAUAGUAGCAAAUAAAGAAGCAUUGCUAAAGGCAGAUAAUUUAAAAAAGAUAGCAGCAAAGGGCAAUGUAGUUAAUGAACUUAGAAAUCAUGAGAGAGUACAGAUUAAAAAUAGCUAA